AUGACAUCUAAAAAAGAUGUGAAAAGUUUAGAGAAGGAUGGAAAAGUUGUUGCAAAAUGGGGGGAUAACAGUAAAACAGAAAGUUUGCUGAAAAUUUGCAUUGAAGAAAUAGAAGCGGGUAAUAGGCCAACUACCCACUUCAGUAAAGAAGGGUGGAAGAAUAUUACUGAAAAAUUUCAAAAUAAAACCGGAUAUGCUUAUGAUCGCACUCAACUAAAGAAUAGAUGGGAUACAUUGAAAAGAGAGUUUUCGUCAUUUGUGAAGUUAGUGGAUAAGCAAACUGGAGUAGGAUGGGAUCAUGAAAAGAAAACUAUCAUGGCUGACGAUGAUUGGUGGGCUGAAAAAAGUAAGGAGGAUCCAGAUAUUUUGAAAUGGAAACAUGGAGGACCUAAGUUUGUUGAAUUGCUAGAUAAAUGUUUCAAGGGUGCCAUAGCUACUGGAUUCACCCUUUACAAACCAUAUGAAGAUCAAUUACCAUGUGAAGGAUCAAAAUCUGUUUUUGAAGACGAUCGUGAGAAUAACACAAUUACUGAGGAUGAAGGAGAUGCAGAUAAUUUUGAUGUUGGCACUGAAGUACAACCCAACCCAACACCAAGUUCUUCCAAAAAGAGAAAGAAUAUGACGAGUGACAAUUCAAGUAAGAGUUUGGGUGAGAGUUCAGAUGAUAGUUCAUAUGAGAGUGACAAUACUUCUGAAAUAGAUAUUGAAGUCCAACAGGUUGAUAGAAGUCAAUAUCAUAUUGCAACGGUGAUGGCUGCUUUUGUGGUUACAAACCAUGUUUUGAAAUACAUUGUCAAAGAAAAGAAAACUACGUCAAUUCUCUCUGGCCAACUAUGGUUUGUAGAGUUGAUAAUAGGAAAUGAUAACAGGUUUUUUGAGCAACUUCGAAUGAGGAAACAAGUCUUUCAGAAUUUGAGAAACAAAAACCGUUUUUUCAAUAGGAAAGGACAUACAAGUACUAAUGUGAUGGCUGUGUGUGACUUCAAUAUGUGCUUUACUUUUGCAUUGUGUGGAUGGGAAGGAUCUGUUCAUGAUGCAAAGAUUCUUAUGGAUACUCUUCGUAAACCCAAUUUACGAUUUCCUUAUCCCACAGAAGGUAAAUACUAUCUUGUAGAUUCAGGAUACCCGUCACUUAAAGGUUUCUUGGCACCAUACAAGAAUGCAAGGUAUCAUCUUACACAUUUUAGACUUGCUCCAGGAUUCAAAUCAAGAAAUGAAAAUUUUAAUUAUUAUCAUUCUAGUUUGAGAAGUGUGAUUGAAAGAACUUUUGACGUGGUAAAAGCAAGAUGGAAAGUAUUACAAGAAAUGCCUAAUUUCAAGCUUCAAACUCAAAUGGCUAUUAUUUGGGCUUGUUUUGCACUUCAUAACUUUUUAAGAAGAACAGACUCAAGUGACUUGGAUAUUCUUGAAAGUUUAGAGAACAUCAAUGGUUUACAAGACAAUGAGCAAGACUUCCAUGAAGGAGAUGGAAAUGGUGUACCUACUCAUGGUGAAUGGCAAGCUCCAACUCAAGCUGAUGUUAGAUAUAUUGAAGAAAUAAGAAACACUAUCAGAGACCAAUUGGCAAGAAACAUGGGGCGACAGCGGCAAUAA